ACCUCUCAGCUGCUGGCCCCACUGGGCUUGUCUGUACUCAUGGGAAUGUUCUAGAAGGCCUUUCCUGAGGAAGAUUGGCAACAUCUUCCUUCUGGAGACCAUCCUGAACACUGUCCCCCAUAAAGGGCCUCUCUCUGUACCUACCCUCUUUCCUUCAGGCUUCAAGUUCCGGAGCACCAUUCCCCUCACUCACAACUCUGACCAUCACUCUGGCUGACCUGUUGAAGAAAGUGGAGUACUGAAAUCAGUCAGUCCUGGAUCCCAAAUUCAAGAUGAGGAUCUUCAUCAGGAUCCAUUUUUUUCAUGGUCAGCAUGGUGGCAUCCAUAUCCUGUACUGGCUGACCAGACAUCCUCUGGAGAUGGUGAUCCUUGUGGCCUUGCUCAUAGUUCUGGGCUUACCGUUGGUGCAGAGUAACGACAACAUCAAAUGUCACGUGUGUGAGGCAGAGAACAGCUUCAGCUGCGCCAAUGAGACCCAGUGUUCUUCUGAAAAGCAGUUCUGUUUAUUGGCUGUCACACGAAUAUUCGAACGUUUCUUCUAUGUGUCGAAACAGUGUACCCGAACUUGUCCAACCUCUGCAAUCUUGUAUCCUGAGGCUAAGGCAUCCCAGCCUAAGGAGUUUCUGAUGGAAAAACCCACGCCCUUCUUAUAUUUAAGGUGCUGUAAAUGGGCGUUAUGUAAUGAAAAGGGGCCAAAUACUAUCCAAAUGUUCAAGGAACAGCUUGGAAAAGCCAGUGAGAGAAGAUCUAGGUACACUGAGCUGUUCCUGCCUGGCUUCAUGGUCCUUACUGCUAAUGGCCUCUCAGCCCUCAGCCUGCUGUAAGCCACAGAAGGACCUGGAGCAUGCCUUGUAAGGCAUGAAUUCUCUGUACCCCUGCUCAACCAUUCUAAUUAAAUUUGUUUUUCCUUUGUCA